AAACAUAAAAGUAGGUAGGUAGGUAGCAUAAUAAUUAAAAGAUAAAAAGAAAAAGGAGGUGCCAACCCAGAGGUUAUCGUUAAGAAUAAAUUGACUAGGGUUUUGCUUGCCUCCUCUUCACUACUCUCAUAUCUCAUUCUUCUUCCUCAGCUUUCAAGAAGAUAAAUUGGGAAGACCAUUAUGGUUGGUAGACGUCAGUUACCUAAAGAUUUGUUAGUGGAGGUUCUAUUAUGGUUGCCUGUGGAAUCACUUGUGCGUUUCAAAUGUGUCUCCAAACAUUGGUAUGCUCUCAUCACAAGUCCAAGUUUUGUAGAAAUGCAUUUCCGUCACAAGCGUAAUCAUGUCCAUCUCUUCAUUUGUAACUUAACACUUACGAGGGAAUCACAUUCCAUUGAUUUUUCCUUGCUCCCUACCAAUAUAGUUCAAGGUGUUGCCCCUAUACAAAGAACUGUCCAUCAGCUUCAGUGUACCUCUGAUUUCUGGUCCAUUAUUGGCCCAGUUGAUGGCCUAUUCUUGGUGGAAAAUGCAUCCGUUUUUGAUGAAGGCAAUGCUCACUUGGCUUUGUGGAAUCCUGCCACUAGGGAGGUCUGGCCUCUGCCUCCUGCUUCCUUUGAGUCUCAGCCAUUCAGAGAUCAUGAUGAUCAGUUUGCGUUGGGAUUUGACCCGUUGACUCAAGAUUAUAAGGUUCUAUAUGUACGAACAUUUUGGGAUGAAGAGGGACUGGGCAUUUCCCCCGAUUUCUUUGUCAGUGUCUAUUCCUUACACAACAACUCUUGGAAGGACCUGAGACCUGAUUUCCCUGACUGUUGUAACUUACACAAGUCCAUUGGUGCUACACAUCUCAACGGGGUAUAUUAUUGGAUCUGUGGGCUUCGAGACAAUAUCUUCCGCAUGUGCACGUUUGAUAUGGGCAGCGAACAAUUUGGGGAGAUGCAAGGCCCGUAUAUUCCAUACACACAAUGGGGAAAACUUAUGUUGCGUGGUGACUCGCUAGCUAUCUUAGUUGGUGGUUUUGGUCGACUAAUGACAUCCGUAUAUGAUGUGUGGGAAAUGAACCUAGAGGGUAGUUGGACCAAAGUUCUUAGUGUUCAACCUCAAAUAGGUGCUCAUAAGCCUCGCAACGUCUGGGAGGAGGAUAAGAUGAUUUUCCAAAUCGCAGAAACUUCACAGUUGGUAUUAUAUGACCCCACAACAAGACAAGUAAUAGAUCUUGGCUUUCAGCUGGACCUAAUCAUUGGUCGCUCUUGGGUUUUCAAUUACAAGCAGAGCUUAGUUCAAUUAAAGAGAAAAAAUGACAGCCAGGGCUAGGAUAAUGUUGUCUAGCAAAUUGAACAACCUUAUUAGUUAAGUUAGUAGGCUGGUUACUUGAACUUUCACGUUGUUGGUGAGGGUCUUGCUAUCCUCUCUCCCAUUUCCACUUCUCCUACCCCCAAUUUCCCCCCUCUUUUUAAAAAUAAACACUUGCUGACUGUUAGGGGUGCAGAUCAUUAAUCUCUAUUCGGAUUUUGGAUGGUUGGUUAUUGUAUCUAUUUAAACAUCAAUAUGAAUUGGUUUUUGUUUUUUACA